AAGAUUAUGGGGUGUACAACUGCCGCCAGUUUGAAUUAUCUCGCAGCAUUGCUGUCCUGUGGCAUGAUAGUUUCUAGUAACGACUAUGAACAGGGGCAAGUGAUAAUAUCCAGUCUUGCCGAUGGAUCUUCUUGUGUUGGUGAAGAUGUCACUCUGACUUGUGCUGUGCCUGGGACUGGAAGACUGACCUGGGUCAUUGGAUCAAAUGAUAACACUAUUCUCUUCAACCUGGCAGAUGACUCAUCUCUCACUACUCAGACUGACUCCACUGGCCAGUUCACUGCCUCUCUGAUACACUACUCUCGAGACCAGCAGUACUCUUUCCUGGGUGACUUAACUUCAACACUCCACACACGAGUUAACCCCUCCCUCACCGACUAUCCUAUUAAAAUUCUCUGCUACAAUGGGAUAAGCGACAAUAUUUCUGUACCAUCACACAUAAAGAUAGCAGGAUUGCCUUCACCUCCCUGGAACCUGACAUCAUCAGUGGUGUAUGGAAUAUCUCAGUAUUCACUGGUAGUUGGGUGGGAGAGCCCAAGAGAUGAUGGAGGAGUGGAGAUUGACAACUACACCCUCUCUCUCUACCAGGAGGACCAGACUGUGGUCCAUAAAACUACUGAGUCUCUUGAACUACCUCUGUCACUGGACUACUCCACCGUCUACUCCAUCAUCAUCACUGCCAACAACUGUGCUGGCACCAGCUACCCUGUAUCUCUGACUAGCAUGCAGGUAAUUGGCAUGGUUGUGGUUUUCUCCCAGCUGGCUGCAGAGCUCACAUCACCAGUCAAUGGUAGUAUUGAGGAGUACAGGAGUACAGAGGAGGGAGCAGAGAUCCAGUUCCACUACAAGAAUUGUUCAUUGAGGGACCUGUCUCCCUCUCUGGUUGAGGAGAACAGAGUGUGUGGGUUAGUGAGUGGUGGUGGGUGGUGUUACAGUGGAGGCAGUGUAGGAUCAGUGGCAGUCUACUUCUGUGAUGAUGGCUAUAGUCUAGAGGGAGACACUACCAGAGAAUGUCUCUCUAGUGGCCUCUGGAAUGGUACCACUCCUCAAUGUGUGGAGGCAGAAGGUACAAUUGGCUAG